AUGCCACCAAUUCGCCAGCAUCAACAACAAUUGUCUAACGUUGAAGCAAUAGAAAACAUUCCGCCAAGUUCAUCUUCUGAUCCAAUCGAUAAUAAUAAUAAAGAUAAAAAUCGACGAGGCAGACGUUCACCGAGCAUAAAUACAAGAGCGUCAAGGGUUGGCGUAACUAAUUUUAUAAAUGUGAUUAAAAAUUUACAUCCUGGUGAAUCGAGAAAUCAUUUCCCAAUUACGCAAGAAACACUUCAAGAAUAUAUUGAUUCAAAAAGAAAAGCAUUGAUAAAAGCAGGAUCACUCGAACAAUAUCUUCAACACAUGCAAGCUUACAACAUCGCAUUAGGUUUCGGUUGGCAGGAAUAUAAUACAACUGCUGCGGCUGCUAAUACGAUAACUCCUGCUGCGGAUGUUAUAAAUAUGUUGGUAGGAAUGGAUAUUGAUAAUAGUAACAAUAAUGCAGCAAGAAAAAUGAUUUAUGAUACCGAAUCUCAGAUUCAAAACCAUUUGUCUUCUUGUAACGAACAAUCAAAAACAGUUUCAGUAGUUUGUUUCGACACCACAUCCAUUCCAUAUGUAAUUAUGAAUCAACAAGCAAACAUGUCUCUUAGCAAUUUAACCUCUGCCGAUUCAUUACAGAAUUUGCAUCAACUCUAUGCGAAUAUUGCAUCAUUAAACUUGCCAUCUCAAUGGAAUACCGUGGAUACUUCUCAUUUAUAUUAUCGAAUUGGUAAUUCACAGCAUUUCGGAUUAACCGAUGGAUCAGCAUUCGAUUGUUUCUGGAAAGCAUUUAUUGAUAAUAUUAACGAACGUGAGAAGCCGGCCCAAUUGGUAUUAUAUAAAAAACAAAGAAGAUUGCAUAAUGCAGCUAACUACUCUAAUAAAAAUCAUAAUAAUGAACGUCAACCUCAAACUCCAGAAUCAUCAACCAGUGCAUCUUCUCCCUCUUCAAGGAAAAUCCACACUUUUAUCGGAUCGACAUCAGAAACAAUCGUAAAGUCAGUGACAAUAAGAUCCAAGAUAAAAAUAUAUAAGCAAAAAAUUGCUAUUGGUGAGAACACAACCUUUGCAUCCUUGAUUGCUUUCGCCACUAAUAAGGCAAUACCACCAGCGGGAAAACAAUUUGUGAUCAGAUCCAUUGAUGAGACACUCGAGUAUAUGCCUGAAGAUUUGGUAAAAGUAGUAUUAACAGGAAUUGAACAUGCAGACCUUCUUGUUAUGUUGGAAAAUGUUGGACCUAUUGAUUUUGAUUAUUUUUAA